GCGGUGGCCUCGCGGUUGAUGCCGGAGCCCCUCAGGCCUCUCCGGGCGUCCGCUCGGUCACGCGUAGCCUCCACUUAUCUUGGAAGGAGAGCGCCAGGAGGGGCUUCAGUCCAGCCAGAGACAGAGGCUUGACCCGGGCCGCCUGGGGACAGAGCUCCGGAAGUCUUGGGGCCGCAAAGUCUGCCUGCUACCCCUUGGGAAGCUAGGCGAUCCACAGCUGGAGGGACCACCACUUUCCUUACCUGGACAACUAUAUGAUUGCUGACAUCAGCCCCAACAAGCAUUAGCGAACUUGUCUGAACAGGAUAGCAAGAAUCAGUGCUAACUGGUGCGUUACCAAAAUGACAUCUAUGAAGAAGCGCAAUGCUGAGAAAAAACAGCAAAUGCACAGGAAGCUUCUGGAAGAGCUCAACGAGAAGCGGGAGUCCCACUGUCUGGUGGAGAGAAGCAAUCAAGUGAGCUUACUGAGAGUUCAGAGGAGGCAUUUCAGCCAGGCCUACCAGUCCUCAGCUUGUACGCAUAUCAAAGUGCCUGUUCCUGAAAGUGGCAGGGCCUCUUGGGUCAACCAGAGAUUCCUGGUCUUCAAGGAGAAAAGGCACUUCCCACCAAAAAAUAAUGCCAUAUUUGGAUGAAGUAUAUAACCAGAGACAACAAAUAAACUCUUUUUGACAGUC